AUGGCAGACAUAAAUCUUACUAUCAUGGAAGAAUUUAUUCUCCUGGGAUUUUCUGAAUACCCCAAUGUCCAAGGAUUUCUCUUUGUUGUUUUUUUAUUCAUCUACACAAGUAUCCUAUUAGGAAAUGGUCUCAUCAUUAUAAUCACCAAUGUGGAAUCAGCUCUUCAAACACCUAUGUAUUACUUUCUUGGAAACUUCUCCUUUGUGGAAAUUUGUUACACAUCAAACAUCCUCCCCAGAAUGCUUGUGAAUAUUUGGAGUCAGAAAAGGAAUAUUUCUUUACUGUCAUGUGCUGUACAACUCUGUUUCUUUCUCAUUCUAGGAGUCACAGAGAGCUUUCUCCUGGCUGUGAUGGCCUUUGACCGUUAUGUGGCCAUCUGUAAGCCACUUUACUAUCCUACAAUAAUGAAUCAUAGGAUCUGUGUCCAGAUGGUGUUUGGAUCCUGGGUAAUUGGGAUUCCAGUCUUGAUAGGACAGACAUACCAAGUUUUCUCUGUUCCCUUUUGUGGUUCUAACAAACUCAAUCACAUUUUCUGUGACAUGCCUCCAUUACUGAAGUUGGCAUGUGGUGAUACCACUGGAGAUGAAUUCUUUCUUUAUGUCGAUUGUUUCCUCUUUGGUUUGACUCCUUUUCUGAUGAUACUCAUGUCUUACAUCAGAAUCCUCAGCACUAUUCUGAAACUCCCAUCAACCACUGGAAGAUCCAAAGCUUUCUCUACAUGUUCCUCUCAUGUUAUGGUUGUAUGCCUAUUCUAUGGUUCUGGUUUAUUUGCAUAUUUUCAAUCCAAGUCAAGUUAUUCAGCUAGUAUAGAUAAGAUCUUCUCUGUAUUCUAUACCAUUGUGACACCAAUGAUUAAUCCUAUGAUUUAUAGUCUGAGAAAUAAGGAUUUUAUUGCAGCAAUGAAAAAAAUAUUUUCU